GGUGGUGCCAUCUACUGAAAACAAAAAUGGUGGCCAACGAUAUGCCCUAUCCCUGCCCUGGUUUGAUGGCACGCCAAAUGCCAGCGUUGUCUAGGCUCCUGUUUACUAUGUAUUUCCCGCGGACUGAUAUAUCCAAUUUCGAUGUGAACGAGGGCCAACGUUUUGACGCGGCCGCGCCCACAUUUCGUGUGAAAUAAGUGUGGCUGUUUCUAACCAAACAGUACGUGAUCCGAAAUCCGUCGAAUAUUUCGCACAAUUAUAACCGCACUACUGUGAAUCGUCAUGUAAUUUACCUUAUGUAAUGUUAUUAAUUGCGGACAGCCUGUCUGAUCGAGGCGUAUCAGUCCAAAGAGUAUUUAACCCUUACUUUCAUGCGGUUCGAAAGAGACAUUGUUGCAACAAUGGUACUUAAGUACACAAAUUACUAUACGAACCGGUUAUGAGCGAACAAUCGCAAACCAUGGGGUUGGAAGCCGAAAUGGCUGCGCCGUUGCAUCUGCAACGCUUGGAGCGUAGCCUUAAUGUUCAGCCCUUUCUGCAUCAAAUAAAUGAAUUGUUUCAAGAUCGUGUCAGUGAGGAUGAUAAAUCAGUCUCUUCAGACUCAUCCGAUGGAUCAGAGGCUUAUCUCAAUGACGUACUCACAAGAAAAGAAGAGGAGAGAAUUGACAAACUACGUUUAUACAAUAUGACAAACGUCGGAGAGGAACGUAGAUGGUUGCAAGAUAUCCUCCUCGGCGAUUCGUCAGACAGCUCUGCAUCUGGUUCAGACACAGAAGAUCCGGUAACGGAAGAGGACUUUCAAGACAUGUUAAAGUUUCACAUACUCCGUAAAAAAUAUCAGGGGCGGUUUUACCAAAAACCUGAGAACAUUCAGUAUCAGUAUUACGGUGCUGGGUUGCUGUCAAGUUAUGACAGAUUUCCUGAGCACCAGAAGCUUAUUGUUGGGAACAAGAAGAAGAAGGAGAAGAAACCUGAGAAGAAGAUCAUGAAGAUAAAGAAGGAAAAGGGUGGGCGACACAGAGGAUCUGAUGAGUAUCACGAACAUGAUUAUCCUGACGACGACUGGGAUCGGGCACCGAAGGACGAUGAACUUGACGAAGCUGAAUUGGAAGCCAUGAUGAGGCAUCAACCUCGUGCUCGUGGCAGGAAGAAGCAUAAUAACAAAAGUCCUGAGGUGAUGGCCAUGAGAAGACGUAAAAUCUGGAUAAUGAUGUCCAAAAAGGAGCUCGGCAAGGUUCAGAGAGCCAAGACGAACAACCAUAAGGAAAUGUUAAUAAGCUGUAAGAAAGUUGCACAGCACUGUAUGAAAUAUUGGAGGCAGAAAGCCAUGCAAUCUCAGAAAAAUAUGAAGGAAACAAUAUGGCGAGCUAAACGAUUAACUCGAGAAAUGCAAUCUUACUGGAAACGAUAUGACAGGGUUGAAAGGGAGACGAGAAGAAGGCUGGAAAAGGAAGCGGAAGAGCAGCGCAAAAUGGAUGUGGAACUGAUUGAGGCAAAACGUCAACAAAGAAAGCUGAAUUUUCUUAUAACGCAAACAGAGCUCUAUGCCCACUUUAUGUCACGAAAAUUGGGCAAAGCGUCACCAGAAGAACAACUUAGGAUUUUAAAUCAGCUUGACGAAGAGAAAAAUCCCAGAUUAGUUGGAAUCGAUGACUACGAUAGCGAGACUAUGAAACACAAAGCAAAGAAAAAUGCUAUUGAAGCUUUUGAUAGUGAAAGAGCGCGUACAAGACAGUUUGACACUGCCGCAGCGGCUCAGGAACUGCGUUUGAGCGAAACACCAGAGACAUUGGAGCAUCCGCAGCCUUCAAUUUUCAAAGGGAAUCUCAAGGGCUAUCAACUCAAGGGGAUGAACUGGCUUGCAAAUCUUUAUGACCAGGGCAUAAGCGGCAUCCUGGCUGAUGAAAUGGGUCUGGGUAAAACUGUACAGUCUAUAGCGUUUCUAUGUCACGUGGCUGAAAGAUAUUCUGUCUGGGGUCCAUUUUUAAUAAUAUCACCCGCAUCCACUCUUCACAAUUGGCAACAAGAGAUGGCGCGUUUCGUACCGGAUUUUAAAGUAGUUCCAUACUGGGGGAAUCCUCAGGAGCGCAAAAUCUUGAGACAGUUCUGGGACACGAAGGAUCUCCAUACUAAGGAAGCUUCCUUCCACGUGGUGAUUACCAGUUAUCAGCUGGUCAUUACUGAUUAUAAGUACUUCAAUCGGAUAAAGUGGCAAUAUAUGAUACUUGACGAAGCUCAGGCUAUAAAGAGCACAAGCAGUAUGAGGUGGAAAUUAUUACUUGGAUUUAGUUGUCGCAAUAGAUUGUUACUCAGUGGUACACCUAUUCAAAACAGUAUGGCUGAAUUGUGGGCUUUACUACAUUUUAUAAUGCCAACACUGUUUGAUUCGCACGAUGAAUUCAAUGAAUGGUUUUCCAAAGAUAUUGAGAGCCAUGCUGAGAAUAAAACAGGAAUUGAUGAGAAGCAUCUAUCCAGGUUACACAUGAUUCUGAAGCCAUUUAUGUUGCGAAGGAUAAAAAAAGAUGUAGAGAAUGAACUCUCUGACAAGAUCGAAGUGAUGGUGUACUGUCCUUUGACAACUCGACAGAAAUUAUUAUAUUCCGCUCUAAAGAAAAAGAUCCGGAUAGAGGACUUGUUGCAUUAUACUGUGGGUGGUGGGGAUACGACACCCAAUGACAAAAAUUUUACCUCAAAUCUAAUGAAUCUAGUCAUGCAAUUCCGUAAGGUCUGCAAUCAUCCUGAACUCUUCGAACGUCGAGACGCAAAGUCUCCACUUUUCAUAAGAACAGAAUACUACGAGAUGCCACGACUUUUGUACAACGAGGGACUCCUGCACCUUUCAUUACCAUCUAAGGAUCAUCUUCUCUACAAUAGAUUCUUUGUCUUUGCCACAGAACAUAUACACAGAUGUCUCCAUCGUCGCGAUGAUGAUUCUCUUGGUAGUUUCUUCUCCUUCUGCAGAUUAAUCGGCUUGUCUCCCAUGGAGCUAAAUAAGAUCUUUGUUGCUGGGAUAUUAUUCAGAUUAUGUCAUGCGACAUUUACCGAGAAGAGAUUAAAGAAAAAAUGUUAUUGGGAGGAUUGGUGGGUUAAUGAAAGAGUGUCACCGCCUAUUGAUCUAAUGUUAUUACAAACUAGAAGAAUCGAAGCAAAUAGUACAGUGACUAAUGAUUUGAUUUUCACGAAAAACAUCGUAGAAGGUGAGGCUAUCUACACUCAUAGCACUCAUACUAUUUGUUCGAUGCCGGAAACAGUAGCACACAGGAUAUUGCGCAGUAGCAAGCGCGCAGUCAAUCAGCUGAUCAAGCGACCAUUGCCAACUGUUAAAACAGAACAGGGUGAAGAACCCAAGAUUCCUUUGCUUCCGGAACAUCCUCACAUACCUAGAGCACCCUCGAUGCGGUAUUGUCAACGUACAACAAUUCCUGCAUUUCUCUGCGAUAACAAUCCUAAGGUACAGGCGAGUCCUAGAAAAUUAUAUGUGAGCAGCUCCGCAGCAUCCUGUGGCUGGAGAAGACACGAGGAGUGCGGAGGACCUUUCGGUCAAUGUGUACUCCGAUACGGUUGUGAAAGAGCUGUCCAGCUUCCUAGUGAACAUAGAAUGUCAUAUUUGCGACCUGAGCAGGCGAAUAACCUGACGUUCUCACACGACCCACCGGGAGGUCUCUCAGUAUCCUCUCCUAUAAAUGGAUGGUCUAACAUAAUUGUGCCAGACAAGCAGACCCUCGUCACGGAUGCAGGAAAACUCUCUGUCCUGGACAGCCUUCUACGUCGUCUCAAGGAGCAAGGGCACCGGGUCCUCAUUUAUUCACAGAUGACCAAAAUGAUCGACCUGCUGGAGGAAUAUAUGUAUCACAGAAAACAUACGUUUAUGAGACUGGAUGGGUCAUCCAAAAUUUCUGAUAGGAGGGACAUGGUGGCCGAUUUUCAAAAAAGGGCGGACAUAUUUGUCUUUCUGCUAAGCACAAGAGCCGGUGGCCUGGGAAUCAACCUUACGGCUGCUGACACGGUAAUAUUUUAUGACAGCGAUUGGAAUCCCACGGUGGAUCAGCAGGCUAUGGACAGAGCACACAGACUUGGUCAAACGAAGCAGGUUACGGUCUACCGAUUAAUUUGCAAGGGCACCAUCGAGGAGAGGAUAUUGCAGAGGGCACGUGAAAAAAGCGAGAUACAACGUAUGGUAAUAAGUGGUGGAAACUUUAAGCCGGAUACUCUGAAGCCUAAGGAAGUGGUAUCGCUCUUAUUGGACGACGAGGAGAUCGAAGCUAAAUACAGCCAACGGAGCGAGGAGAGAAAGCAGCACAUUGAGGAGACUCGGCUGGAGUCGAGCCUUCAGUAUAAGGAGAGGGACCGGAAGAGGAAGCUAACCACGCUUCCGGUCAAGGUUGAGGCUAAGCGACCUUGUCUGGAGGAUAACCUCGGUGAGGAUGUUCCUGAACUUUCACAGAGUAAUGUUCUUCCUAGCAAGGCUACAACGAAUCAGGUUCAGCAUGAUGUUCUGGAUGACAGUGCGCCAGCCAGUCCUGCUAGGUCCGAGGACGAGACUAGCAACGAGGGUCUCGUUGUAGACGUGGAUGGUCCCGUACCAACUCCUGGUGAUACAAAAUCCUCAAGAAUUGCACAAUUUGGAGAACCUCCAAAGGUCGCGAAGCUAGGUCAUUUCACAUUUGGCCCAGGAGGUGGGGUGAGGAUGAGACCUAGUAUUCGAGGAAGCAGUAAGCGAGGAAGACCCAGAGGUUCCAGAAGAGGUGGUCCCAUAGGUGGCAAAGGUCGAGGCUUACACUUACUUCAUCCACCAUCCAAAGGGACAGCUUCCCCAGGUCCACCAUCUCCAUCCUCGGUCAGUGAUCCGCAGUCCUCCCCACAGGGAAGACCAGGAGGAUCUGGACCAGCAGACGGCGAUGGUCCAAGUACAGUGGGUCCCCCCCUGGGUCCACUAGGAUCACUGGGACCACUUCCAGGACGCGGCGGAGCACCUGCGAUACGCAGAGGGCCAGGACGACCACGACUCCGACCCACGGGACCUGGAAAUCAAGGCUAUCGUGGACCUGGACACAACCCUAAGAAGGUCCAGAGACCUUUGCCGGUUCCCAUUAGAUCACAUCAUCAGAUCCCCGCAGCUUCCGGGAAGGGCCUAACGGCUCAGUCGACCGCUGCAUCAGCUGCACCUUCGUCACUUCCAUCCUCAUCCUCUUCGACCUCGUCCUCGUCCUCCCAGAACUCUGAGUCAAGACCCUUUGGAUUUUACACGCAACAGACGCCACCGCGAGGUUCCUAAGAGAGGACCCAGUGCGGACUCCAAUUUUGUGAGUCCCGAUGCAAUCCACUAUUCUUUCUCUUGAUGUUUUUGUUGUUAUUAUUAUUAUUGAUAAUCCCAAUUAUUUAAGACGGUCGCAAUGGACCCCUUUCUGGGAGCGGGAUAAAUGUCUUUUUUUUUACAAGAAUCCCAAGGAAUAUUAUGCUGAAAGAGAACAAAGAGAAAUAGAUGUUAUUGUGUCCAUAGAGGUUACGUAAACCUUUUCUUCCUCUUUCGUCCGCUGGAAAAUCGACACCAACUCGAUCUACGUCAUGAGAUCAACGCGAUUUUAUUUUAGAGAUUUGGAAAAUCUUCGAUUCUCCCCUUUCCUUUCCCCUUCGACGCAUCACCCAGUUGCCAACUCUCUCUCUCUCUCUCUCUUUCUCCUGCUGUCUCCCAACUUCACGGCAUUUUUUUUACUGCACGCACGUGGCAAAAAGGCAGAAUGAGUCUGCGGACGAUAUCCGGAAAUCAGAAGAUAGGAUGAUAGAUAAAAGAAAUUAAGUAUAUACAUAGGUAUAAAUAUAUAUAUAUAUAUAUACAUAUAUAUUUGAAUAUAUAUAUAGUAUAAAAUUAAGUGAUUUUCUCCAACACGUACAAAACGACUCGAUACGCCGUUUCUACGCUUAGCGAUAUUUCUGUAAGUGGAAGGAAAAAGAAAAACUUGUCCGUUAUUUUGUAUUGCACGAUAGAAGAAAGAAAAUGUAAUAAACGAGAUAAAUGAGUGAAUCAAUAACGAAGAAAAAAAAAAGAAGAAGAAGAAGAGGGAGAUAAAUACGAAUCUAUUAAUAAGAAGAAAUAAUGAAUAGCGGUGACGCUCUAUCAAUUUGUAGAAGAAUGGUAUUUAUUAUAAAUAAAUAGACGCCAGACUUGGAUAUCCAAGAAAAUCAAAAA